AUGUUCGCAUGCGGUAGAACCAUUGGCCGACUGCCCACCAGACUCACGCACGCGAAUCGGUUCUAUCAAUCUGUAAAAAUAUAUCGGGUUGUAAAUAUUAGUAACUUACGCUAUAGCAGCGAUGCGAGCAAUAAAAAAUCUCAAAAGCCACGAGGUACCACUAUCAAACCGGAGGAAUGUAUACCUGAAUCUAGAUAUUCCAAGUCACAAAAAGUUGUUCCUCCUUGCGAAACAGGACCUAAUGCAUCUUGUCCAACAAAGCAAGAAUGCAAGUUGAAUGGAGAUCAGAAACAACCAAAUGAUAAAGGCUGAUUUGGGAAAAAUGGAAAAUAUCAAUUUCGCUAUUGGCAUCUACGUGCUUUGCUUGUAACAGGAGUUGCAGCAUACAAGAUAUCCUCAUCAUCUUGGUGGAAAGAUGAAAAAGCAAGUCAAAAAGGCAAAAGUAAACAAAAAAAAGAAGGAAGGAGAUUUAGAGAAAAAGUAAAAGUUCCAGCAGAAUCCAAAUUGAUACCUCAAGAAGUAACUUACUUACUGAUAGGUGGAGGAACAGCUGCAUUUUCAGCAUUUAGAGCAAUUAAAUCUAGAGAUCCCAAAGCUAAGGUAUAUUACGUAAUACAAAAUUAAAUUUUUUUUCUUUCAAUUUAAAUAAAUAAGAAUUUUUGUUCAGGUUUUAGUUUAGCAGAAGAAGAAGACGAAUUUCCAUACAUGAGGCCACCCUUGUCCAAAGAACUUUGGUAUAACACAGAUAAAGAAACAACUGCACAAUUACGUUUUAAUCAAUGGAAUGGAACUCAAAGAAGUAUAUUUUACGAACCACGGGAGUUCUAUUCAAGUGUUACCCAUCUCACGGAAUCUGACAAGGGGGGAGUUGCUGUAGCCAUGGGUUGGAAAGUAACAAAAAUCGAUGCUGUAAAUAAAACUGUGGUUCUCGAAGAUGGUCAGGAAAUAAAAUACAACAAGUGUCUCAUUGCCACUGGUACAUCGCCGAAGAAUCUGCCAAUAUUUGAAUCUGUUGAAGACGAGAUAAAAGACAAGAUUAUAACAUUUAGAACAAAGAAUGAUUUUCUCGAUUUGGAAAAAAGUGUCUCUAAUUCUAAAUGCAAAAAUAUUGUGAAUGGUGGAGGAUUUCUCGGUUCAGAACUCGCUUGCGCGCUUGCUAAAAGUCAUAAAUCGAAAAAUGUUUACCAAAAUUAUAAAGAGAAGUUUAUAAUGGCACAAGUAUUACCAGAAUAUUUAAGUGAAUGGACUACGAAAAAAGCCGCAGAAGGUGUUCAUUCUCUAUCUAAUACACAAGUUGAAGAUUAUAGAUACAAAAAUGGUCGAUUGUCUCUCAUUCUCACUGGUGGUCGGACUAUUGAUGCUGAUCAAGUGAUAGUAGCGAUAGGUGUUCAACCAAAUACAGAUUUGGCAAUAACCUCGCAUUUAGAAACAGAACCUAAGAUAGGAGGAUUCCUUGUUAAUGCUGAAUUAGAAGCGAGAAGCAAUCUUUGGGUUGCUGGUGAUGCAGCAUGUUUCUAUGAUAUCAAACUUGGUAGAAGAAGAGUCGAACAUCAUGAUCAUGCUGUCACUUCUGGAAGAUUAGCUGGCGAAAAUAUGACUGGUGCAGGUAAACCUUAUUUGCACCAAUCGAUGUUUUGGUCAGAUUUAGGACCAGAUGUAGGAUAUGAAGCGAUAGGUAUUGUAGACUCAUCUUUGCCAACUGUUGGAGUCUUUGCGAAAGCGACGGAAGCAAAUGCGAUUAAUGAUUCUAGUGAAAACAAGGAACAAAAGAAAAAUUCAAAGGAAUCACAAUCUAAUGCUCAAUCAAAGUCAUCAGUGACACAAAUCACGAAGAAUGUUGAUAAUAUAAAUCCAGAAGAAGAAGAAAAAGAUAUAUCUGGAGAUAAUAAAUCAGUGCAGGAACCUAAGAACGAAAAUUUUGAGAGUGUUGUUUUCUAUCUACGAGAUGAUGUUGUAGUAGGAAUAGUGCUGUGGAAUAUCUUUAACCGAAUGUCUAUUGCCAGACGAGUUCUUGCAGGAGAUACAAAAUAUGACGAUUUAAAUGAAGUAGCGAAAUUAUUUACGAUUCACGAAGAUUAAUUAUUUGAUUAACAAGAAUGAGUGACAAUAUAGUAGGAGAUUUUAUAAAUGUAAAAGAUGCCCGAAUUCCAGUCUGAGAUAUAUUAUUGGAAAACUUGCAAACUUGGAGAGCUCGCUGAAUUUCGCAGGAUAAAGUUUGCUGUUUUAUAUGUAUCGUUAAUAUACAUACAUAUUUUUCUUUUUUAUUAUUUUUAAGAUACAAGCUAAUAAGAUACAUUAUAUACAAUUAUAAUUCAUCUUCUGAAUUCAGAUUUUUAGUCAUUGCCGGUAAAACUCGAUUUCUAUAUCGUUGCCCCAAAUUAUCCAUGUACGAAAUGUAGUUAUGACAACGAUAUUCGUCGAACAUCUGUGUAUGAAGAUGCAUUUAGUACAAGUUGUUUUAUGAUAUAUUAAAUGUAAAUAAGUCUAUAACUUGAUAUAUUUCAUACACGUACCAUAUUUUCCGGCCCACAUCUUUUUACUCGUAAAAUUCUCCAACAAAGUCUCUUCGCAGUAUUGCAAAAGUGAUAUGCAAUAAUACACCAUAUAAUCGGAAGGGUACAAGAUGCAAAUUGCAAAAAAGUGAACUAUUUCACUCCAUGGAAGAAUUCCCCAGAAACAUUGCGUUAUCAUUCUAUUGGCUAUCAUCCACCAGUUCAGACCACAAACAUCCUUAUCGUUUAAAAAUUAGAAUAUUAUAAUUUUUUUAGAUGAUUAAAUUUGUUAAAUGUGAUAAUAAUUGAAAAUAAUUCAAUCACCUUUAAUCCAUAUUUAAUAUGUGGAAGCUCGAUAUCAACCAUGGUUUCUAAAACUUGCAUAAAAGUGAAUUGCGAACUAGUAUUCUCAUUAUUCUUUUCGUCAAUAACUCUGCCUAAUUUUGGCCAAAGGAGCAAUGUCGAUGGAAAUUGAAUUAAUUGCAUAAUAAAUGUCUUGCACCUGUAAUAUAUAAAUUAUUGUUAGUGUACUAGUCAAGAGAUAUAAGUAAGGGAUUAGACAAUUGAAUGAAAUGGCUCAGUGACAGAAUGUUUAUUUGAUAUAUAAAAGAACCCAGGUUCAAGUCCUUAGAAAUCUUGAUAUUUUCCUUAAAAAUAAAAAUUUAUACUAUUAUCGUAUUAUAUGGUAAUAGGUCGAUGACGAAAAAUAAACAUUCGAGAGUCAAUGACCAUGGAAUCAUUGACUCGGUGAAUAUCAAGUUUUCAAUCUGAGACCUGCCAAUGAUGAUAUAUGACUAGCUUGAGUUAAUCAUGUUGACAGUUUAGAAAGUCUUGUUCGAUCGUCUAUAAUUCUUCGUAAUUAAUAUGUUACAGGAGAUUAUCGAUUGAAUGAAAAUGUGCUACUAGACCAUAUGGGAAAUUAAAAGCUGUCAAAUGAUUAAUUCGCGGUCAUCUGAGGCUUAAAUUUUUUAUUAAUUAUUUUUAAUUUUUAAUUAAUAAUUAUAGUUCAUUAAUAGUUAAUAUUUUUUCUUUGAUGAAAAAUGAAUUAUUAAGUGAAUGUAUUACAUACUUGUCUAAAUCUCCAUCACAAAUAAUAAACACUGUUGCCAAGAACCAGUCGAAACCUUCGAAUCUGUUCGGUUUAUUGUACUGUAUAAAUAUGUAAGCAGAAUGAAUGAAUUGUUUUAAAUUUUUCUGAUUAUCGUCAGUAUUUUUUAAAAUCUGCCGUUGUUCAGCAUAAUUCAAAGCAAGAUUAAUCGCGUGUGUAUCUUCCGGAAGCCAAUAGUCUGCAUCAUAUGUUAUAUUUUCUUGCCAUUCAAACUGUUCUACCCAUUCCGCAGUUGGGAUAGCUUUGUGCAUUUGGUUCAAUAAAUUCGUCAUUGCUGAA